AUGCGGUUUGCCACUGUAGCUGGGCUCUGCGCAGCGCAGGGCAAUGAGCAGCUAUGGGUUGGCUCCUACAGGGACAUCUCGCAUGAGAGUCUGUCGCUAUUCCGGCUGCUGGAGCCCCAAAUAGAGAUCCUGGUGCUGGGCACAGGAGACAGGGUGGAGCGGCUCCACCCCGCCGUGCUGAAGCAGAUGCGGGAGUGCGGGAUCGCUGUGGAGGUGCAGGACACGCCAAAUGCGUGCGCAACCUUCAACUUCCUAACAAGUGAAAAGCGCGUGGCAGCUGCUGGGCUCAUCCCUCCGCGGGGUACCUACAUGGGGAUGUAGGCUCUGCCUGCCACGGGCUGAACAGCUCUUCCUCUUCCCUGCCUGGAGCCCCCAGCCCUCACCACCCCCAGCGGAGAAAUGCUUUGGACUAAACUGUCGGAGCCCGGCUGUGGCUGGGUGGUGGCUCUCUGCACACAGGAGGGUAUUGUGAAAUGCGCGGGCUUGGCUCUGCCCCAAAGUCCCUGGCUUCCCGGCCGCCUUGCCCAGUGCUGGGGGCUGCAGGGCACAGCGCGAGGCCCGAGCGUUGCCGGCAGCACUGCAACCGCAGCCCUGCUGCUCUGCCUUGGCAGCAGGAAGCCAUCACCCCGAGGCAGGGUGGAGGCUGGCGGGGUGAGCUGCACGCCCCUGGGUAUGUUUGGGGCUCCGGAAGGAAAAUACAUGUAAAUUGGAAGUAC